ACCAAGUAGCAAAAACAAUUACAACACACACACACAAACAUUUUAUUUUGUUUCAGUUUGUGGUGGCCACAAUAAAAGUCAAUUUAAAAGUAUAAAGUGGUCCACCAUGAGUUUACACAUAAAAACAUUGUUCUGUAUUUAUUGGCCAUUUUGUAAUUUAACAAAAAGUGAAAUAAAUACUGUAUACUCUGAACCUCUGGCUUGUACUUUUAUGGUGGGUUUCUCAUGAGAGCCUGCAGAAUCUGAAAGUCUGGGGAAACCACAGCGCUGUGAUGUCACGGAAGUUCCCUCUAACUGUACGAAUAAAAAGUUGUGAUGAGGAAGAARGUUGAAGUGUCAGAAAUGGAGAUGAAUCUGCAGCUCGUCGUCUUCUUCUUACUCAUUCAGGUUUCACUUGGUGUGUGGCAGCGUGUGACCGUGAUGAAGGGUGACACUGUGACCUUGACCUGCCCCAUUACCAACCCUCAUAAGACCAGCGUCGAAUGGAAAAACCCCGAGGGACAGAUAAUGUUCUUUAAUAACAACAAAGCAUUAAAAGAUAAACGAUYCAGCAUCAUCAAGCUGUCUCAGUCAGAAUUCUCCGUCAGUAUUUCCAACAUGACCUUCAAAGAUGGAGGCAACUACACCUGCUCACAGUWCAACCAGAAACCAUUAGAGACCAUGGUGGAGGUGACCGUGUUAGGUUAUCCCAAAAUGUCGGUGACGAAACACGAAGGUAAAACUGUUAUAAAAUGCAGCGCUGAUGGAAACCACUACCCACCACAAAUCUCUUGGGAGUUUGAUCUUGAACCUGAAUUUCAUGCUCAAGGUGUACGGAUUCACAAAGAAAAUAAAAAAUAUACCUCCACUGAGUUUUUGCACGUUUACCCUGUGAAGACCAGAGUCACAGUGAAAUGUCUUGUCCGCCACCCAGCACUGCACUCACAAACUUUAAAACAUUUUGUGAAAAUCGGACGAGAAGCAAAAACACCCUUUACUACCAUCCCGUCCAGGCUUUCCACAAGUCAGCCUCAAAGAUCCACAGAAGACCUGAGUUCAACUUCUAGCUGGGCCAGCCCAGCAAAGGGGACGGCUUUUACCGUAAAUCACACACUUUCUUCUACUGAAGCCAAGGACAACAGGACAGGGACRCCCGUUACAUCCACAGACUCCCGUCCCAACACUACAGAUUCUCCACAUUCAGCUUGGGACAAAGAUAUGAUCAGUCAGACAACAAACACUACAGGUGGGAUUUUUGUGUCUGAGACGAGAGCAAACAUCACCUUAAAUAACACCACAGGUGCAAACCGAACAGGACUGUUCAGCACAGCCUUCACACAGUAUGUUGUGGAGGAACCGGCGAGAAGAACUUCUGUCCUGAACACAAACUCAACGACAGCACAGGAGGAAGUGAGGAGGGAGCAGAUGUCUGCAUCACAAAGUCCGACUCCAGCGUCAGUCAAAUGUGACAUAAAGGAGACGUCGCUCUAACAGCAGCUCUGCUGAGCCUGACCCCUCAGUCAGAGACGCUGCAGCAGACAGGAAGGCAGACAUUUUAUGAAGCCUUUAAACUGAACUGAAUGCUUCUGCAGACAUUGUGUUGUUUUAGAUGUUCGUUUAACAAAACGUUCAGCUCAUUCG